GUCUGCGUUGCCGUUCAGAUUCCAUCGACGAAAGCGGAGAAGACGGGAGGGAGAGCAAGAAGAUUUGCUGGCAGGCCGCCAUCUUUAAAGUGGGGGACGACUGCAGACAGGACAUGUUGGCCUUGCAGAUCAUCGAUCUGUUCAAGAACAUCUUUCAGCUGGUGGGCCUCGACCUCUACGUCUUCCCCUACAGAGUGGUGGCUACUGCUCCUGGGUGUGGUGUCAUCGAAUGCAUCCCAGAUUGUACUUCCCGAGAUCAGCUGGGCAGGCAGACCGACUUUGGGAUGUACGAUUACUUUACUAGGCAGUACGGUGAUGAAUCAACCCUGGCCUUCCAGAAGGCUCGAUACAACUUCAUCCGCAGCAUGGCUGCGUACAGUCUUCUGCUGUUCCUCUUGCAAAUUAAAGACAGGCAUAAUGGCAACAUCAUGCUGGACAAACAUGGACACCUCAUUCACAUUGAUUUUGGAUUCAUGUUUGAAAGUUCUCCCGGUGGAAACCUGGGUUGGGAGCCCGACAUCAAGCUGACGGAUGAGAUGGUCAUGAUCAUGGGUGGCAAGAUGGAAGCCACACCUUUCAGGUGGUUCAUGGAGAUGUGCGUCAGGGGCUACCUGGCGGUCAGACCUUAUAUGGAUGCCGUUGUUUCUUUGGUGACUUUGAUGUUGGACACAGGAUUGCCGUGUUUUCGGGGACAGACCAUCAAACUCUUGAAGAACAGGUUCAGCCCCAACAUGACGGAGCGGGAAGCUGCCAACUUCAUCAUGAAGAUCAUUCAGAAUUGCUUCCUCAGCAACAGGAGCAAGACGUAUGAUAUGAUCCAGUACUACCAAAACGAUAUUCCUUACUAAAACGGGGAGCGGGGAGAGGGACACCAUGAUAGCUUCCCUUUCCUCCCAGGCUCGAAAUGUGAAGUUCUGAGAUCGUUGUCUCCUGCCCUUCGAAGCAAGCUCUGUGUGCUCGCGCACGUGUGUGUGUUUGCAUGCCAACCUGGGUGUCCCCCGUGGUAGCGGAUACCGCAACAAUCAACCAACAUCUUAGCUCGCGCCUUUCAUCUUUGCUGGAAUCCUCCUCACGUGGCGUAUCCGUGAUCUAGAAAUUAGCCGCAGUCAUAGACUCUUUAAAAAAAAUUGUGUUGCAUUUCUCAAGACGGGCAAAUUUGAAACCUUCGGCGGAUGCCAGGCGAAGUCAGGGCCCCCACUUCUUGGUUUGUCUCAAAACCAGAAUCUUUUGACGUGGUUGUUGGAGAGCAAGGGUCUUCAACCUUGGCAAGUUUAAGACUUGUGGACUUCAACUCCCAGAAUCCCUGAGCUAACAGGACUGGAGGAGGAAUUCUGGGAGUUGAAGUCCACAAGUCUUAAAGCCGUCAAGUUUGAAGACCCCCUGAUCUAGAGCAUCGGAUGCAAACCAGGUGCUGUAGAAUGAUAGUGCAGAGCGACGGAAGAACGAUUGCUCUGGCGCAAUGCUGUAAAAAUUGUAAGGAUAAUCAUUUUGCACUUGUCGGUGUAAAUCGCUUGUAUUUUUUGCACUGUAAAUCUCCUUGCUCCGUGGUCAGUAUUUCUUAUUUUUCAGGAAGAAUGUAUCACAACCCUCCCACCCACCUACCCCUUUUUGUGUGGUUUUAAAGAGAGAUGCUCUACUGAAGAGAGGUUAUAUUUAAUCUUACAUAAAAAAAAAAAAAAAACAGAA